AUGUCGCGUUCACUGAACGAACCUGCAUUUCAAUAUCCUGACUCAGCAAUGGGAAUAGGGGACAGCUCGUCGUCGACGAAUAGUUCAGCACCAAGUACACCAGCUUUACCUUUAGGCGAAUGCUUGAAAGCUAUUUUUCUGCAAUGCGCAAAUAUCAGAUAUGCGUUUGUAGGCCUUGGCCACGUGAGCAGCCCUUAUGCUCUAGCCACUGCACCAUCAAGAAGCAGUGAACGCAAAUUCACAUUUCCUGAUGCUGUACCUGAAGUACCUGAUAUUGUCCUUCCUGACAUGAGUGAUAGCGAAGGUAGGACAUCUGAUUGGACGAGCAGCACCACAGACUAUGGUGAAGGCCCAUCAUCGUUAGGUACUCGCCUCGGAGAAGGUAGUGAGGGUACUGUAGUAAUUGAUUCCACUGGUAGUGGAGAGACCGAAAUUGGUGUGAGUGAUGGUUCUACCGUGAUAGCGAGGGUAGGACAUCUGAUUGGACGAGCAGCACCACAGACUAUGGCGAGCUGGAAUGAAGUGGCAAUACCGUUUCAUAAGAUUGAUUUUGAUAAAAAUGCCGUUGUCCGUGGACGAUUCGGCUAUGUCCAACGGGGCUAUCAUUUCGGUGACGUAGCAAUUAAAUUCCUCAAUAUGGACCAUAUAGAAGAGUCCAGACGACUGGAUGAGUUCAAAUCUGAGGUUGCGGCUCAUAAGAAUACCCGACACGAUAACAUAGUAUUAUUCCUUGGUUAUUGUCUUGAAGCAGACAAAUAUGGUAUUGUGAUGAGUUAUUGCAAGGGACCAUCGUUAUACUAUCUUUUACAUGAAAAGAGUGAACCACUAGAUAUAGGAGCUGCACUUGUGAUUGCAACGCAAAUCUGUCAGGGUGUCUCGUAUCUUCAUCAAAAAAAGAUACUUCAUAAAGAUCUCCGUUCAAAGAAUAUCUUUAUUGAAAUUAGUGGCUACAAUUUUAUUAUUACCAUUUGGUUCGAACUGCUAACCUCCACUUUCCCUUUUGCCGGAGAAUGUCCAGAUCGCAUCAUUUGGAUGGUUGGGAACGGUUUAAAAGCACCAUUAUAUAAUUUGAAUGCAUCGCCAGACGUGAAGGUUAGUAAGAUCCAAAAUCUUUCUGUUUAUGCUUUUUUUAAAUUCUUCACAUAAGC